UGAUUUGCUCUUUUCUCUAAAAUGUGUGCUUAGCGUAUUUGUCCACCGAGACAUGCAAUGCCCAACGCAACUCGAGAGGUCCUCACCUACGUCCUCGAACAACCAGCCGGGUCUCUCAUUUUCCCUCGUCUCUGCUCUCAAGUCAGCUGCCUCCUCGUUUAAGCUCUCCUCCGGCGAGCAGCUCCACUCCCUCGCCCUCAAGUCCGGCCUUCUCCGGUCCAACCUCUUUGUUAGCAACGCCCUCAUCCACCUAUACGCACGCUGUGGCCACCUUCCAUGCGCCCGCCAGCUCUUUCUUUCAGCCACGCUUCUUAACACCGCUUCCUGGAACAUAAUGCUAGCUGCACAUUUCCGAUGCUCCCGUCCUGAUUUCUACCUCGAUCAUGCUCGCUCUUUGUUCGACGAAAUGCCCCACAAGGACAAAGUUUCCUUCACCAGCAUGAUCAUGGGUCUCGCCAGGCACGGUUCUGCCGCCGAAGCUUUCGUACUUUUUCGCAGUAUGAUGGCCGCUGGCGUCACCCCGAACGAAGUCACCUUGGCAAGUGUCAUCUCCUCCUGCUCCCGCUUAAAAAACCCCGCCAUCGGGAUGGGGAAGAUGGCACAUGCGGUGGCAGUGAAGUGCGGACUCGACGAAUUAAUUCUGGUCGCGACCAAUCUGGUUCACGACUACGCUGUAUCUUCGAACUUUGACGAUGCGGAGGCGGUUUUUGGUGGGAUGUCGGAGAAGAACACGGUCACGUGGAACGUGCUGCUGAAAGGGUAUGCAAAGGCCAGGUUGAUUAAAGCGGCGAUUUCGGUUUUUGAUAGAAUCCCCGAGAAGGAUAUGGUUUCCUGGGGCACCAUGAUUGAUGGGUACCUUCUCUCUAAUAGCUUGGAGGAAGCCCUAUUAACCUUCCGUGAGAUGUUGAAGGACUUUAAUGCGCGGCCUAAUGAGGUGAUGCUUGUCAACCUGGUGUCCUCCUGCAGCCUUCGUUCUGCAAUCAGUGAAGGCCAGCAGCUCCAUGCUGUCAUUCUUAAAGCGGGCUUGGAUUGCCAUCCGUUUGUGCAGGCAACGUUGAUUCAUUUAUACUCAGAAUGCAGUAGGAUGGACCUGGCUUUCUUGCAAUUCCAGUCCGGAAGCAAGGAAAAUAUCUCAUCAUGGAAUGCUGUGAUUGCUGGGUUCAUGCAAAACAAUGAUUUGGCUGCUGCUGAACAUCUGUUUGCUGAAAUGCCUGAAAGAGAUGUAGUUUCAUGGAGCAGCAUGAUUGCUGGGUAUGCGCAGCAUGGACAUCAUGAAACGGCUUUAGGACUUUUCCGUGAAAUGUGGAGCGCGGGUAUACAGCCCAAUGAGAUCACGUUGCUUAGUGUUCUCUCUGCUGUUGCAGGUUGCAGUUCUUUGGAGGAAGGAAAAUGGCUCCAUGAUUACAUCAACAGAAGCUCCGUCCCAUUGACUGACAACCUAUGUGCUAGCCUUAUCGACAUGUAUGCAAAAUGCGGUAGCAUAAAAAAUGCGAUCCAGUUGUUCAAUUAUGUAAGAGAGACUUACGCAGGAAUUUCAUCAUGGAAUGCUGUUAUAUGUGGCUCAGCCAUGCAUGGACAUGCCGAUGCUUCAAUUGCCUUGUUCUCAGAUCUUCUGAAGACAAGGAUCAAGCCCAAUUCAAUCACAUUUUUAGGAGUACUGAGUGCCUGCUGUCAUGCCGGAUUGGUAGAUAUUGGUCGAAAGUAUUUUAAGUCCAUUGAGAGUGUUUAUUAUUUGAAGCCAUCGAUCAAGCAUUAUGGUUGCAUGGUGGAUCUCCUGGGUCGGGCAGGGCAUCUAGAAGAGGCAGAAAAGUUGAUAGAAUCGAUGCCUAUGGAAGCUGAUGUGGUCAUUUGGGGUAGCUUGCUUGCUUCUGCGAGAACUCACAAGAAAAUUGAGAUUGGAGAGAGGGCUGCAGAGAAGUUGGCCAGGCUGGACCCUGGACAUGGGGCUGGAAGAGUUCUUAUAUCUAAUAUUUAUGCAGAUGAUGCCCGAUGGGAGGAUGUUUGUUUGGUGAGAAGAGCUAUUUGGAGUGGGGGGUUGAAGAAAGAAGCUGGGCAAAGCAGCGUUCUUUAACCUUUAAAAUAUAUGCAUGGUUCGGUGAGGCUAUAAUGUUAUGAUGCUGCAGUUUCUUUUGAUCGCAGUUAAACGGGCAAAAGGUGUCAUUUUAUUGAAGUCAGAGCAAGGAUAUUAGGAGCAAGUAAUCCUAAUCAAGUUCUACCUUGUCAAGAAUCUCAACCAAUAAAAAGACUUGGAUCACAAUGCGAACUCCACUGCCUUUCAUGCCAUUUUCAGAACCAGCACUCUGGUUAAUGUAAAGGGUUUAUUGAUAUCUGCCAAGCAUCAACCAAAUAGAGAAAGCUUUGUUAGCACUAGUAUUCAUAUCAUUUUUGUCAUAGAAGUAGCGUGGAUCACUCCAUGUUCAUCAUUGAUUGGAGAAAAGUUGAUGAGGUAUUUGCUCCAAGGAUAGUAGAAGCCAAACCUUCCGUGCCAUGGCUCCCAUUUUGCAAAAUUUGCCUGAAAAGGAGACAUGCAGACAGCAAAUGGGUUGAUGUCCAAUCACCAAGCACUUCGACACCUUGAGUGUACUCGAACACAACCACAACUGUCAUGACAGCCCACAUGGCAUUAUCACCGAGCUUAUCAUGGACUGCCUCAAGCAUAUAGAGCAAUGAGACUAGCACCAGAGCAAGCCCAAACUUCAUAGCAUGAACCAGCCUUUUAUAAUCUGCAACCUGGAUCACUUGAGCAACAUACUGCAUCACUUGACCACUGGUAAGCAGUUAGGGAGGGCCAUGGAUGCGCAUGCUUCUAACCUUCUCUUUAAUGUUCCCUUAUGACUCUGAAGUGGAAGAUAUAAGGAUUCAUGAGAUCAGCCUCUAUUUUCCACGACAACUUUCUGACUUCAAAUAUAUUUUAAGGACUGAAGUGGAAGAUAUAAGGAUUCAAAAGAUGAACGUGCAGAACAGGGAUAAUGGGAAAAGCAUUAGCAAGGGGAUUUUGUUUACUGAUUUUUUCCUGUACCACUGCUUUUCUGCCUUAAGGUUUCAUUUGUUCAACAAGAUGUGAAAGCACCAUUAUGUGUUAGCCAAAUAAGUUUUUGCUUCAGCUGGAAACACUGAUGCCUUUGUCUGGAUCUUUCUAUAUAUUUUUUUGUUCAAAUGAAUAAUAUGAUUAACCAGUUUCAUGGAUUUCCUGAGAA